UGGGCCGGAAGUCGGUCCGCCGGAGGGUGGGUCCCCCAGGGCGGAGAGGAUAAAGAUGGCUUCACGAGGGAAGAGUGAAACCAGCAAACUGAAGCAGAACUUAGAGGAGCAGCUUGACAGACUAAUGCAGCAGUUACAAGAUCUCGACGAGUGCAGGGAGGAACUUGAGCUUGAAGAGUAUGAAGAAACAAAGCAGGAAACAUUGGAACAGCUGAGUGAAUUCAACGAGUCUCUGAAGAAAAUCAUGUCUGGAGAUAUGACAUUAGUUGAUGAACUCAGUGGAAUGCAACUUGCAAUCCAGGCAGCUAUCAGUCAGGCCUUUAAAACCCCCGAGGUUAUCCGAAUGUUUGCGAAGAAACAGCCGGGGCAGCUGCGUACUCGACUGGCAGAGAUGGACCGAGACGUAAUAGUUGGAAAACUGCCCCGGGAUGUCUACAUGCAGCAGAAAGUUGAGAUCCUCACGGCUCUGAGGAAGCUGGAAGAAAAGCUGACUCCAGAUGAAGAAGCCUUCCUCCUGACAAAUGCCAGCACUGCACUCAGCCAUUUUGAGAAAGUCUCUGGAGGUCUCGGAACUGGAGAUAAAGUCCUUGCCCUUGCCAGUUCGGGAGUAGAGAUCACGAAGAAAUGAGGAGGGAUUUGUAUUCUAGUUUUUUAGAGAAUUGUCUGUUUGUUUGUAUUUUAAUGUCCUGUUUCACCUUUGAAUGAUCCGGAGCAAAGUGUAAAGUUGAAACACAACCUGUAUAUACAUGAUGUUUUGUACGCCCAGCCUUUCCAAAUAUUUUCUGUAUGUAUUCCGUUUAAGACACUAAGAGUAGCAUCAUGAAUGUAUCUCCUUUAUAAAAUAAAAUCCAAAUCUUCGUG